GACUCAGGAGCCCUAAAACCAAGAUUUAACAGUGUCUCCGGAGGGAAGAAAGUUCCUACAGAGGCAAUAGAAGGACCAUAAAUAGCUAGUAGCCGACUUUGUAUUUCCGUCGCUAGGUGUCGCUGUUGACUGAAAAUAGGUUUCCCUGCGAAAGGAAAAACCCAGCUCCUCCUCCCGUCCCACAUUUACAUCGGAGGAAAUCAGGACCCACCCGCACUGCCUGACGCAGGGCUCCAAAUACAAAGACUUGGAAGCAGAGUCUGUUCUGCAUAUUUAUUUUCGGCCAAAACCUGGGAUUUUAUUGGUCAGCUGGCUCAGUUCGGAUCGCAUCCGCCAUGGCCCUUCUGCGGCGAGAGGCGCUGGGCGCGGGGCAGCUGCUGCGCUGGGUUCUGCUCCAGGCGGCCUGGGCGGCGGGCGGCGGCCAGCUCCAUUAUUCCGUGCCGGAGGAAGCCGAGCCCGGCACGCUCGUGGGCCGCCUGGCCCAGGACGUGGGUCUGGAGGUGGCGGAGCUGGUGUCUCGGCGGUUGCGGGCGGUGGCCAAGGGCGGCAGAGACUGUUUCGAGGUAAAUGCGCAGAGCGGCGCGUUGCUGGUGAAGUCGCGGCUGGACCGGGAAGAGCUGUGCGGGCCGAGCCCCCGGUGCGCCCUGGACCUGGAGGUGCUAGUGGACAAACCGCUGCGGCUGUUCCCCGUGGAGGUGGAGAUACGGGACAUCAAUGACAACGCCCCUGUUUUUUCCUCAAACCAACAACAUCUCAGUAUUGCGGAAUCACUGACGCUUCCAGACUCGCGGUUCCCUCUAGAGGGCGCGUCCGACGCAGAUAUUGGCACAAACUCGCUGCUCACCUACACACUGAGCCCCAGUGACUAUUUCAGCCUCGACUUGCAAAAGAAAAACGAGAAAACCAAAUCUGUUGAGCUCGUGUUAAGGAAGCCUCUUGAUAGGGAAGAAACCCCUGAGCACCGUUUACUGCUCACGGCCACCGACGGGGGCAAACCGGAGCUGACGGGCACAGCGCAGCUGGUGAUCUCGGUGCUGGACGUCAAUGACAACGCGCCGGUGUUUUCUCAAGCCGUGUAUGAGGUCAGUUUACUGGAAAACACAACACUUGGGACGCUAGUCAUCAAACUCAACGCCUCCGAUUUGGAUGAGGGGAUUAAUAAAGAUAUUGCUUAUUCCUUUAGUGCUCUUGCUGGUCCCGAAAUUACAGACGUGUUCAGUAUCGAUUCUCAUACCGGGGAAAUUAGAAUCAAAAGAGAAUUGGAUUUUGAAGAUACUAAUUUAUAUGAAAUUCAAAUCGAAGCCAUUGACAAAGGAACCCCACCUAUGGUCGGACACUGCAAAGUGCUGGUGGAAGUGCUGGACGUGAACGACCACGCCCCCGAGCUGGCGGUGACUUCCCUGUCGCUGCCGGUGCCGGAGGACGCCCCCCCGGGGACAGUGGUGGCUCUCCUGAGCGUCUCGGACCGGGACUCGGGAGACAACGGCAAAGUCAGCUGCUCCAUCGGGCCGGGCCUGCCCUUCCGCCUCGUGUCCACCUUUAAGAAUUACCACUCGCUGGUGGUGGCGGAGGCGCUGGAUCGGGAGCGCGUGGCUGAAUACGAGGUCGUGGUGCGGGCCAGGGACCAAGGGGCCCCGCCUCUGUGGGCCAGCAGGCGGCUGGUGGUGCCGCUGUCGGACGUGAACGACAACGCGCCCGCGUUCCCGCAGGCCGUGUACACGGUGUUCGUGCGGGAGAACAACCCGGCCGGGGCCCCUGUGCUGAGCGUGUCGGCCUGGGACCCGGACUUGGGGGCGAACGGGCGGGUGAGCUACUGGGCGGUGGAGAGGCGCGUGGGCGAGCGGCCCCUGUCCAGCUACAUCUCGGUGCACUCGGAGAGCGGGCAGGUGUCCGCCCUGCAGCCCCUGGACUACGAGGAGCUGCAGGUGCUGCAGUUCGAGGUGAGCGCGAGGGACGCGGGGCUGCCGGCCUUGUGCGGGAACGUGAGCGUGCAGCUCUUCGUGCUGGAUGCCAAUGACAACGCGCCCGUGGUGUCCCCGCCUGGGUCCGGGCGCGGCGCGCUGGGGCCCGAGCUGGUGCCGCUGUCGGCCGGCGCCGGGCACGUGGUGGGCAAGGUGCGAGCGGUGGACGCGGAUUCCGGCUACAACGCCUGGCUGCGCUACGAGCUGCAGGAGCCGCGGGCGGCGGGGCCUUUCCGCGUGGGUGUGUACAGCGGGGAGAUCAGCACGGCGCGGGCCUUGGAGGAGGCGGACGGCCCCAGCCGGAGCCUGGUGAUCGUGGUGCGGGACCACGGGGAGCCGGCGCUGUCCGCGACCGCCACCGUGAGCCUGUCGCUGUCGGAGCGUGCCCAGGCGGUGGCCUGGGAGUCGGGGCCGCCGCGUGCGGGGAGCGCAGGGCCGGCGGGCGCCAUGAACGUGUCUCUGAUGAUCGCCAUUUGCUCGGUGUCCGGGCUGUUCGUGCUGGUGAUUGUCCUGUACGUCGGGCUGCGCUGCCCGGGGGCCCCGGAAGUGACGUGCGGGCCCGGGAAAGGCCCGGGGGCGGGGGCGAGCGCGAGCGAAGCGGGGAGUUGGUCCUAUUCGCAGCGCCAGAGCCGGCUGGUGUGUGUCGGGGAAGGCACCGUCCGGAGCGACCUGAUGGUUUUCAGCCCCGUCUGCCCGAGCUCCGCGGAGAACGGGGAGGCAGGGAAGGGGCAGGGACUGACGCCAAAUGCAUCUGGCCAGGUGAGUUUCAUCGGUUUGAUUUCUGGUGUUGUGCCUUUCAAGAGAUGUGAAUUCGUUAAUGUGUUUUGAGACAAUUAGUAUGAAGAAGUUACAU